GUCUUUAAACAAACAGAAGAAGAUGUUAGCCUGAGUAAAUCAGAGAGCUAGCCUAGCUGUGUUUGGCUAACGCACGGUGGUUUUACUAUUUUCUUUUUGUGUAUGGUUAUAGUAUUUACUUGCAUUAUUUAUGCAAGAUAUAAUUCUAAUCGCGUAUUACUGUAUGGCUAGUGGUUGUAAAGAUAUCAACUUUAAAUUUGGAUAGCUAAAUAACGUUUCUUUGCUAGCAGUUUAAUAAUAUUUUGCAGAGAACUGCCGUCUUUUCGUUAUCAGUCAGUAAUGCAGUCCUUGACGAGCAUAUGAAGCAACCACAUGUUUUACAGGUCGGUCCUGACCGCUUGUGUGGUUUCUUUCUUUGUUCAUUUUACUAAUUUAAAUAAAGACAAUUGAUUGAUGACAUGUCGGCGCAAAAAGACUGUGAGUUUUUAGUUAAAAGGGCCCGGGAAUUGGUUUCCGAUGAUCCAUGCGCGGCCAAAGCCUGGCUAAUAACAGCCAGAACACUUUACCCAACAGAUUUCAACAUACAGUAUGAAAUGUACAGCAUUGAACGCAACGCAGAGAGGACAGCUUCGGCUGGGAGACUCCUGUAUGACAUGUUUAUAAACUUUCCAGAUCAGCCGGUCGUCUGGCGUGAGAUCAGCGUCAUCACAGCUGCCCUCCGCAGCGACUCUCAGGACAAACAGGCGCAGUUUCUAAGAGCUCUUUUUGAGACGCUGCCUGCCCGUGUGCAGUGUGAGAUGCUGCUGAAAGCCACUGAGCAGUGUUUCAACACCUUGGAAAAGGCAGAGAUGCUGCUGCUCCUCCUGAAGCGCUUCCCAGAGUCCGUUGUCCAGCACGGGGUUAAUUUAGGAGAGACGUUGUUGGAGGCAGAGGCCUCGGAAAAUGUGGAAUCUCCUGUCAAUUGCUUCAGAAAACUUUUUGUAUGUGAUGUCCUUCCUUUGGUUAUAAACAACAUGGAUAUGCGCCUCCCUGCAAGCCUAAUGCAGAAAUAUAUACUGAAAGCAGCUGAGUUCUACAUUGGCUAUGUUACCCGUGGACCUUCCGCCGAUGUGCAGACCCAAGGUACGCUUUUGGGGAAAAAAUAUCAGCAGGUCCUCUGUAGUUUCUUCAGUUAUACAUUUUUUAGCCUUGUCCGUCUGCUACAGUUCUUUUUUGCCCUGUGCGCUUUAGGUAGCCAAGACGGGGCGAGUCUAAAGUCACCUGGAGUGUCCCGUGGCUCGCAGCGGUUUGUGAUCGAUGGCCUGUCCGAAAAAUCGUCAGUAGUAGCGGAUCCUUGGGAGAGACUGCUGGACAUCCUCACUGUUGUCGGUGCGCGCUGCGAGUGGCAGGGGGACAAAGGACAGAGGAGUUAUGUCGACAUGCUGCAGAGAGUAAAAGAGCUGUGUCGCUACCUGCUCGGUCUGGAGGGAGAAACCAGGUCCCGCUGCUGCAGUCAGGUGGUCAUCUGUGCUGCGCUCGUCCUCUUCCGCAGCGCCUACCUCUAUGUCUCAGCUGUACAGCCGUCACUGUUCCAGGGGGUCGGUGCGAUGACGUCGGGGCCGUGGAUCCUGGUGGAGGAUUUGAGUUCGGUGUACAGUGAUGUGGAGGUGGAUAGAGCGGCCCUGAAGCACGCGCAUAAGAAACGCAAACUGGCCGACGGCAGAGAGAAAACGAUAAGCUCCGACGACGAAGAAGGUUUGGGGAAAGGCCGCGGCCGACACAUCCUGGUCAGCAAGGCCGACAUGCCCAACUGGUCAGAGACGUUGGAGAGCUUCCGUACGGCGAGGGAAAGUUGGGACCUCCUUCACUCGCAUGACGGGCUGGAAGCCGAGUUCAAGAAGAUCUGUGCUGCAUGGAAGACAGAAAGCUGGCUCUGGUUCAGGAUUUUCCUCACUGACAUGAUUAUUUACCAGGGCCAUUAUCGUAAGGCGCUGUCCAGCCUGCAUCAGAUGGCUGCAGUGCAGCAGCCUCAGCCGGCACAGCAGAGCCCCACCGGCCAGGCCAGUCUGGAGCACCACAGGGCCCUCAUCCAGCAGGCAUCCUGCCACUACGCGCUGGGAGAGUACAGGAUGGCCUGUGAGAAGCUCCUGGACGUGGUGAGCGGACUGGUUCCACCAAACCAAGAACUGACCAAAGUAACUGAAGAUCAGAGCAGAAUCAAAUCCAAGACCAGGAGAGGUAACGACCUGAGGUUGCUUCCUUGCACCAGCAGAGCCGUGUUGCCCUUCUGUCUCCAGCUGAUGCUCGCUUGCUUUAAGCUCAGGACCUUCACAGACAGCCGUGACGACCUGUCUCUGGGCCACGUGGUGGUGCUGCUGCAGCACGACUGGCCCCGGGGAGAGAUGCUGUUCUUAAAGGCCAUAGAUAAGAUCUGUCAGCAAGGCGGCUUCCAGUAUGAGAACUUCUUCAACUAUGUCACCAACAUCGACAUGCUGGAGGAGUUUGCCUACCUGCGGACUCCGGAGGGAGGGAGGAUUCAGUUGGAGCUGCUCCCUAAUCAGGGAAUGCUGAUUAAGAACCCUAGCCCCGCCCUGGGGGUGGAGCUAAAUACCCUUCUGCUCCAAGGGGUGCAGACAAUGGACAGACACCACACUGUGACUCGAGGGAUCACCAAAGGAGUGAAGGAGGAUUUCCGCCUGGCCAUGGAGAGGCAGGUGUCGCGUUGUGGAGAAAAUCUGCUGAGCGUGCUUCACCGUUUCUGCAUCAAUGAGAAAAUAAUCAUCAUCCAGUCCCUUCCUUAACACCCGAGCCAACUCUUGUAAAUUGAACUCAAAAAUAUGAACAUCUCUCUUCUCGCAGUCAGUUUGGGAUUACACUGGGUAUCUGCUGUUCGACUAUCAGAGACGGAGAACAGCAAGGUCCACAACCUUCUCAAAUUUUGUGUAGUGUUGCUGUUACUGUUGAUUUAAAGACUCAAAUGCUUUUUGACUCUU